AAGAAGUGCACACAUCCUAGGUGUACAAGUCAUCGCAAAGCACAGGCGUGGGGAGCCGCCACCUAGGAGAAACCGAACGUGGCCAGCCCUCUGGAAGUCUUCGCUCCUGCUCCUAUCCACUCCUCCCACCCCUUCUUCUAAGGCUUCCACUGGCCUAACUUCCUCCUUUUUUUUUUAAGACACAGGUCUUGCUCUGUCACCCCAGGUGGAGUGCAGUAGCCCACUGUAGCUUUGAUUUCCCAGGCUCAAGCAGUCCUCCCACCGCAGCCUCUCAAGUAGCUGAAACUACAGGCAGACACCACCAUGUCUAGCUAAUUUUUUUUAAAGUUAUUAGUAGAGACAGGGUCUUGAUACGUUGUCCAGCUGGUCUCAACUUCCGGGCUCAAGUGAUCCUCCUGCCUUGGCCUCCCAAAAUGCUGGGAUGACAGGCCUGGCCCACUGUCCUCACUUCCAACACCACGGGCCCCUUUUGCCUGGUUUGAACUUAAUAUAAUUGCAGCUGUACCCUAGAAUCAUCAGGGGCUACCUGAGUCCAUGUCAGUCUGUACUGUCACAUGGCCACAGACUAUCUCACAGCUGGGACAGUCACAGUUUAUUCCCCCAGACCCUUGGGACUGAAAGAAUCCAAGAUCUGGAUCUCCUCUAUAGCGCCCAGAACCACAGCCCCCGUCCUGAAGCACGUGGCCUUCACACGUGGUUCCGCACGAAGGGAAUUUUCUGUCCUGCUUCCUUGGACACAACAAUAAUCAGGAAACAGUCACUUUGAUCAGGGAGCGGCCAUCUUGACCUGUGACGAGGGGGUGACCGGCUAUCCCUGGGCAGGGGAUGGGGAGGGUGGGGGGGGGCUGGCUGUGGGGCUCCGUGCCUGGAUGUGAUGUUGAAAUUUUGUGUUGCUUUAACCGCCUUUACUUUCUGAGCUAGGGGCUGUCUCCAUCCAUAGCAAAAGUGUAACUUUGUUGUAGAUGGGCGUAAGCCUCACCCUGGAGAGCGCUAGUGCGGCUUCAGGUCCAGAGCGUGGAGAAGCCUCAGUACCGCGGGACGCUGCACUGCUUCAAGUCCAUCAUCAAGCAAGAGAGUGUGCUGGGUCUGUACAAGGGCCUGGGCUCGCCGCUCAUGGGGCUCACCUUCAUCAACGCGCUGGUGUUUGGGGUACAGGGCAACACCCUCCGGGCCCUGGGGCACGACUCGCCUCUCAACCAGUUCCUGGCAGGCGCAGCGGCGGGCGCCAUCCAGUGCGUCAUCUGCUGCCCCAUGGAGCUGGCCAAGACGCGGCUGCAGCUGCAGGAUGCGGGCCCGGCACGCACCUACAAGGGCUCGCUGGACUGCCUCGUGCAGAUCUACGGGCACGAGGGUCUGCGUGGCAUCAACCGGGGCAUGGUGUCCACGCUGCUGCGAGAGACGCCCAGCUUCGGCGUCUACUUCCUCACCUACGACGCGCUCACGCGGGCGCUGGGCUGUGAGCCGGGCGACCGCCUGCUGGUGCCCAAGCUGCUGCUGGCAGGUGGCACGUCGGGCAUCAUGUCCUGGCUCUCCACCUACCCUGUGGACGUGGUCAAGUCACGGCUGCAGGCCGACGGGCUGCGGGGAGCCCCGCGCUACCGCGGCAUCCUGGACUGCGUGCGCCAGAGCUACCGAGCCGAGGGCUGGCGCGUCUUCACACGGGGACUGGCGUCCACGCUGCUGCGCGCCUUCCCCGUCAACGCCGCCACCUUCGCCACGGUCACCGUGGUGCUCACCUACGCGCGCGGCGAGGAGGCCCGGCCGGAGGGCGAGGCUGUGCCCGCCGCCCCUGCGGGGCCCGCUCUGGCGCAGCCCUCCAGCCUGUGAGGCUCACCCCGCCCUCCUUCCCUAGGCCCCUUCUCAGAAACCUGAGACAUAAACUGGCCCCUGAGUCGAUUGCGGUGCUCCUGCUCGGAUGCCGGGAGCUGUGGACUCUCAGACCUGGGCUGAAUUUUGCUGAUCAGCUGGGUGGCUUUGGCCGAGAACUUCACUUGCCUCAGUAUUCUCAUCUGUGAAAUAAGGACCCUCAUACCCACAUUGUAGAGUCACGAAGGUCAGAGAUUAUUCUGAGCGGCAGCCAGCACCUGGCCUGGCUGAGGCCACUGUACCAUUCAUUAUCCUGGAAACUGAGGCAGACACUCCAGUCCCUUUCUGGGAUCCUGGCCAUGCCACUGUGCUCCUGCCCUGCAGGCUGGCUCCCAGGGGUCUCUGAUGGCCCACCAAGGGGCUGCCCAGGGACCUGACUCCACAUAUUCUCCACCCGGGAGGCUGGUGGGCCACCUCUGGUCUGUGUUAGGGACAGAGGAAAUCUUGGUGUGCCUCCUGGUGUCGCAGAACUGGAUACUCUGCAUACCCCAGCUUCUCCACAUGCCACUGCUAGGGGUACCCCAGCUGCUGCCACUCCUGCUGGAGGGUGAACUGGGGACCCUCCACCCUCCGGGAAGCCAUGGAGUCUGCUGGAGGCACCAUAUCAGCCAACGGGACUAGGGUGGGGAGCAGACAGACCAGUGGGUGGAGGUCGCGACAGCUCAAGUGUGAUGCAGCUGUGGCAAGGAGAAAUCCUUCCACCUCUGGGCCUCAGGCUGCCUGUACGUAAAAUGGGGACAUGGCCAGCUGAUGGACAACUGAGUCUCUGGCCCACCCAUCACCGCCAGCCAGGAUCCCCCCAAGGUGUGCAGAGGGCUCAGCAGAGAACAAUAUGGGAUCCCCCUCACCAGGGCUGGAACACCUCCAGCCACAAAGAAGCCAAAGGUCAGUUCCCUUGCUCCCCAGCAAACGGUGCCUCCUAGGCAUUCUCAGAGCCAGGGCUUCAUCCCUGUGAAGGCACAGGGUCCGCUAGUGGGCACAGGGGUGGCUAGCUGGGGCCUGGGGCAGAAGAAGGCCGUACCAGGCAUCCUGGGGAAUGUGCUAGUGAAGACGACACUGGGCUUUGCACAGCCUGGUGUCGCUGUACAGACACUGUCAAGCGAAUAAAGUUUUCUUUGUUUUUUAA